UAUGUCGGCGCACGUUGAAGUGCUGUCUACGGACUUGAGAAGGACGAAAAUCAAAGUCACGCCCGGAACCUACAUGGUCGAUGUUCUGGGGGAAGCUUGUCAAAAGUUCAACCUGAACAGUGACAAAUACCAACUUAAACAUAAACAGAAGCUGAUCGAUCUGUCUGGUCCCUUCCGGACGUCAGGUCUCGUGUCUGGCGCCAAGCUCGAACUUGUGCAAAAGUCUAAGAGCGCAGCAGUUGUGUCGAUAGCCCUCGAUGUUAAUGGUCAGCGGUACACGAAGAAGCUAUCCAGUGACAUGACGCUGUGGCAGGUUAUGCGGCAGUUCGAGGUUGCGGAGAAAGGGUUAAACCUGACCGGCAGAGGCACGCCUAAGAGUAGUACUGGCCCUCAGGGAACCAGCGGUCAGUUAUACUUCGAGGCGCCAGUAGUGAGCAUCAUGGGCAGGGAGUACACUUCGAUGGAGGAUCUACAGAAGACGCUGUCCCAAUGUGGUAUUAAUUCUGGCAGCAUCGUUCUGCGGGUGUCCUUUCGCGAAACCGAGAAGACCCUGUAUGAGGCGAUGCAGGAUAUCGGCCAAUAUCUCAAGGAGGUGGAAUCAGAUCAACCGAAGACACAGGCAGAUGAGCCUUCAGCUCCAGUAACUGGGUCAGCGCCGGCGAUAGAGGAACCUACAGAAGAUCUGACUCUAGCUGCUGGGCCGAAGCCCAUCAAGGAGAGUACGUUAGCAGAGCCAGAACUACAGACGGGCUCCGUAGAGGGAACCAAAGCCGCGGCCCCGGUCGCCCCUGCCCCGGAGCCAGUCCCGAAGACCGAUCCGAUGGACAUCGUCGAUGAGGUAGUCGCUCCUCCUGCCGUGCCUCCUAGAGAGACCACCACCACUGUCAGCGAACCCAGCGACCCCCUUAUGCCUACGGGCGUCUUCAAUGCCCCGUCCUCUACCACUCCCAUCGCUGCCCGGAUUGAGGUACACGAUUCUGUGUACGAGCCCACCAUCGCCCAUGCUCAGCUACGGCAACAACAGCUAUUGCAACGGGCGCAAAACCAACGGCUCAAGUCCGAUGCCGAACUUGCGGCUGAUGCGGCCGAGGAAGCAGCUCGGCUCGCCAAGGUCACGCAGGUCGAUAUCAAGAUCCGUUUCCCGGACCAGACAUCGGCGCAGUGGACAGUUGCCCCGGAGCACACAGGCGCUUUCCUAUACCAGGCCGUCAAGGGAGUCAUGACUCAUCCUGACCAGCCUUUCCGCCUCAUCCUCCCCGGCACGCAUCCAAUUGUUGCGGUUCAAGAUGGUAACAAGAGGCUAGUGUCGGACUAUAAGCUUCGGGGUAGGGCACUGUUGAACCUUGUAUGGGAUGAUGCGGCGUCGCAGGAGGCGCGCGAGGCGCCCUUUUUGAAGGGCAGUGUGGCUAGCCGAGCGCAGGAGGUAGUGGUACCGGAUGUCUCACAGGAGGAGGGCGAAGAGGAGAAGGAUGUCCAAGCUGGACAGUCGUCAUCGAGCGGCCAAGAGGUGAAGCGAAAGGGUGAUCAUGGUCUGGAUUCCGAUGCUGUCAAGAAAAAGUUGGGAAAAUUGUUCAAGCUGCCUGGUAGGAAGUGAGCAGCUCCCGACGACCUUGAGUUGGAUCACGCCUUCAUUGUAUGCUUCCGAUUUAUACGAGCUUUUUAGUGGCCAUCAUCGGUAUCGUUGGGCGUUGGCUGAAAGGUGAAUGUGCAAGAAAUGAUAAGAGGGUACACUAGAUAAUGAUGCCAGAGCUUCUCUA